AUGACGAGCAAGGCCAUGAGAGCCGCCGCCGCGGCCGCCGCGGUAGACGACGGCACAGGCGAUGGCGACAGUUCACGCCCCCCCAUGCCCAACCAGGCCGAGAGCUACCUGUUCUACACCAUGCACCUCGCCAUGAAGAGCAAGCCAGAGUUUGACUGGAAUGCCAUCGCCGAAAUGAACGGCUUCAAAAACGCCGAGACGGCCAAGGUUCGCUAUGGCCAGAUCAAGCGUAAGCUCAAGAUGGAGACCUGGACUGUUCCGGCCUCGGCGGCGUCGGGACCGGGUUCAGCCAAGCGCACGCCCGCUAGCGCCGGUUCCGAUGCCAAAAAGCGGAAAUCUUCGGCAGCCGGCUCGAGACUGUCGCCAGGAAAAUCCUCAAAGUUCGCCACCCCGAAGCGAGGAUCCAAGGUGUCGAGGGCGCUCGACGACGAGGACGAUGGAGAAGACGACGAAGAGGACGCUGAGCGAGCCAGCCCUGGCACGCCGACUCCCGCUGCCCCGAGACAGUACCAAGUCCCGGCGAACACCAACGCCGAGCCAUCCUCCAAGAAAGCCAAAGUCAAGCACGAGGCGAUUACAAAGAAGGAGGAGCACGUAGACUAUAGCAGUAGCGUCGCCAAGGAGAUCCCCCAGUUCGCCCCAGUCGAAGACACAGCCGCAGCAACCAUGCCCACUCCCACUGGUAGCAGCAGCAACAGCAUCUUCAUCCAGGGCAACCAAAGCCACGCCUCCAGCAACCUCGCUGCCCGGUUGCGGGUUCCCGGCAGCAGCGGCCGCGGCGGUGUUUCAGGCCCACAACGCAAGACAGCCGCCUCGCGCAUCAAGACGGCAGCAUCAUCCAAGCACCCCGGCGCAGCAGCAUUUAAGGACAUGAUGUCGGCGGAUAAGGUUGCGGCUAAUCAGGCAUACGGCGCCACUGAUCUGGGACCCGGAUUCACCCACACCUUGACGGCGCCGCCGUACCUGUACAACACUCCGGCGGCCGCUGGCGGCGAGCACCAGCCCAUCGUGCUCGACAUGGACGACGACGGCAGCUACCACCCCAGCCAGCGCCUCGUGCAGGCGCUGGACCAUAUCGAUUAUGACGGAAACGAUAACAGCACUGGUCGCGACAGCGGUGCCGGCUGGGACUUUGAUCCCAGCGGCGCAAGCUACUCUGUCUAG